AUGAAAACGGUAUUAUUCUGGCUCUUCGUGUUGGUGGUUUGCACUUAUUGCCACGUUCAAUUUAAGAGUAUUGGUCGUCAUGCUUGGCGUUGUAAAGAGAAGCUUAAUAAUCGCGAAAGUGUUAACGAAAGAAACGAGCAGCCUACGCUGAUUGAUCGUAGUUCAGUGCAAGAAACGCAUAAUACAAAUGAAGCUGUUUUGAGAAAUCAAGGUAGAAUUUCAAAUGUUGAUGGUGUCCAAUGGUGUUGUGGGAAGAAGUAUAAAAAUUUUAGAGGUCUUAAAACCCAUCAAAGAUCGUGUCGAUUUGUUAAAGGUAUGAAUAAUGAACUUUUGUUUGAGGAGAGUGAAGUAACAAUCUAGACGAUGAUUUAUCUGUCGAACUUGACGGCCUUAUUUCGGAUGAUACUCCUGGUCUUAAGCCGGGUGUUAAAUUGCCUAAAAACGAAUGUGAAUGGAGGGAAGCGAACUUGUAUUUUAGAGCGGAAUUACCAAUAUGUGAUGUGAACGAAAAAUCAAUAAACGAAUGUGCGAUCAAAAUGUCAAAUUUAGUCUAUGAUUAUUUUGCUGAAAACUUCGGGACAGUGAAUAAGAAAAAUGCUCUUGACGAAGAAUUCGACAAGAAGUAUGCUAAUUAUACUAAGCAAGAGUUGAAACGUGAAUUGAAAGCAUUGAAGCAUCAAUCUAUCACUGAUGUGAAUAACAUUAGGUACGUUUCAAAACUAUUACGUAACUGA